AUGAGGAUUGACAAUGAAGAAGAGUCAUUAAAGCAACUUUCUGUUGCAUAUAAAUUUCUGAAAUCAAUGAUGGAGCAAGGUUUCCAAUUACAGGAAGACUUUUAUGGUCAAGUUCUUAUGUAUUUAAUUGAUUGUGGCAUGGUUCCAGAGUUUCACUUUUACUGUGAACUCAUAAGAGAUGGAAAUGCUGAUUCGCUUCCAAAUUUAGCUUACUAUGAGAUGUUGCUGUUUAUAAAGACCAAAAAUAUUGAUAAAGUAGAAGAACACUGUUAUAAUCUUGCACUCUAUGAUGGCAAAGACAAAGACAUCUUUCUAGAAAAAUAUCUGUUAUCAAUGUCCAGUGGUGGCUGUAAAGAGCAGUUUUUGCAGCUUUUGAAUACUCUUGACAUAACAAAAGUUACUUCCAUGAAAAGUUUAACAUGCAUCUUCAAAUCCUUGGGGAAGUUAAUGUUGGAGAACAUUGCAGAGAAGUGCUUUCUAGAUUUGAAAACCAGUGCUUACUGGGCAUUACUUGUGUCAGUUUAUGUGGCAGAUGUUUCUCCUGAUGGCAAGUAUCUGACUGCAAUUAAGGAUCUUGACAGGGUAACCUCAAUUAACCUUUAG